AUGGUCGACACUCUCUACAAGGCUCAUUUCCUGCAAAAUGUUUCAAUCUACUCCAUCCAAGCCAUCGUCAUCUCAACCGAAGUAGCUCACAAUCUUGGGCUCAGUCAACUCAACGCUACCUUAUUCAGCGCUGCGAUUCGAAUUGCCGAGUGCCUGGGAAUUCAUAAAAUCACUAAAUGCAGCCUCGACUUGCAGACUCCAGAUGAAAUAUGGGAUGAUACUCUGCAAAGAGAAGUCGGUCGUAGGGUCUGGCUCCAGAUGGUCAUCCAAGACCACUUUGCAAUCCCCUUUACCGACUCAUAUGGCAUUAAUCCGUCUCACUACUCCACUUCUUUCCCCAGAAAUUCCAACGAUGCGGACCUGAUAGAAGCACCAGAUGAAGUACUGACGGUAAGCACGUAUACUCGUGUCUUGGGUGGUAUUGCGCAGCUGAUGCCCGAGCUCGCGGAUGGUAUGGGACCCCUGAGAGCCCAGAAGCCAGCAAGAGAGCAGUAUGCCCAUGUUCUCAAGAUGGACCAAAAGAUGAGAGAGAAGGUCCAAUCAAUACCGCGUUUUCUUCUGCAGAAGGAUGAGCUGCUUGAGGGCCAGUAUGCCUGGCUUGGGGUUGCACGUCAGAGUCUAGCCAUUACCGCCGCUGAAAAGAUUGUCAUGAUCCACCGACCAUUCCUCUUCCUCUCGUUCCAAUCUGACUCCUACGUCCACACGCGCCGUACCUGCGUCGCAGCAGCGGUCACCAUCCUACGCGAGCACAAGAGCAUCGUAGAAUCAGGCGAAGUCUCGCUCUGGACGCACGUCGCCUUCAGCAUCACCGCUGCCAUCAUCCUCUCGUUCGAGGUCAUAUGCGAUCAGAGCAAAGAAAGAGACAACCGACAAGAAGGUUACCUCGACGCGAUUCGCGACGCGCGAGAGCACCUCCUGGGCCGGACGACGAGUGAUAUCCUAGCACACCGUGGCGUGGUGCUUAUUGAUGCCAUCUUCUCCGAGGUGGGAGGCAUAGAGUCGUUUUCUGAUCGGACGCUUGCUGCUAGGCCUGAUGCUAUCAACUUUGAGGAAAUUGCGGCUAGGUUCAAGACCGAUUGGUUUAUACUUGAUUCUUCCACGGCUGGUCUCGGACAGUUUGACGUUCCGGAAGAGCAUUUCACCAUGUCUGGCGACCCCUCUGAAGAUUUUGAUGAUUGGUUCCAGCAAAUAUUUCACUCGACCAUAGUUGAAUAA